GCAGUAAGUGCAGGGGAUACCCCAGCUUCAUUAUUUCCCAGGGGGAUCCAUUCCAGUUUUGGAUAGCCAUGCUCAAUGCUGAUUCCUGUAUGUGUAAAGACGCUCCAGCUGCCAGGUAGCGAGAACUGAGAGAGUCGGCGAUCCACCUGCUGUGAGGCAGCUGUCCCACCAGCAGCUCUUGGCUCAGGUGACAAAGAAGGACUUAACAAGUGUGAGUGCAAGAACCCCAGGCCGGCAACCAACCCAGAGCACAGGGAGCAGGACUGAGCUGGUGGGCUCAGGCUGGCGUGAACAUGAAGGCCUUCUGCAUGGCUCUACUGGCUCUGUGCUGGGCUUUCAGGGUUGGAGAAUCUCGAGAGAGCCUCCCAAUGCAGAGCCUGCGCUGCUACAAUGACUUCACCUCACAGACGACUUGCACGUGGCAGGAAUGCACAGCAGCUCGACGCUUCCUCAAUAUGACUCUUCACCAUGAGGACAUUAGAGGCGACUCCUCCUCACCCUCUUUCUUUGCACAUGGGAGAAGCACACAGAUCCCAUGUGAGCCUCUGGAAGCCAAAGAGUUGCCAAUCUGCCAGGACUUCUGUGUCUGCUGGAGCUGCCACAGGAACAGCACCCUUUUUGCAAUUGGGGCGCACGACAAUUACAGUUUCAAACCUGAUCGGUUGCUGCAGGCCGAGCUGAACGUCAAUCUCUCCCAGAAUGUCAAGCUGUUUGCGCCUGUCAGUGUGACAAUGACAAAGACAAAAGACCAGGAGUAUGAGUUGAGGUGGACAAAACAGAUCCUAAGCUAUGACUAUAUAGGCCAGAGAUAUGAAUUCUUGUAUUGGAAGACUGGUGACUCCUUGGAGAAUGCCCAGCUUGUAAACAUCAGCAAUGACAAGCCUCCCUUCAUCUUUACCCUGCAGAUGCUGGAGCCCUCCACACACUAUAGGGGGAAAAUGCGGGCGAGGGUGAACACACUCCCCUACCAGGGGCACUGGAGCGAGUGGAGUGAGGAGUGCACCUGGGAAACUGAGAGUGUCUGGUCACCACUGAUUCUCCCACUGCUGGUUCCAGUCUUCACCAUCAUGCUGAUAGCAUUUGGCUGGUGCAGUUAUAGAGGCUUACUCAGCAAGAAGAAAAAAUGGGAGGAAAGGAUUCCAAAUCCUGGCAGGAGUCAGCUGCUCCAGAGCUACCUCCAGAAAGUACCUCUUGGGAGUCCGCUGCCAAGCAGCCAGCUGGACUUUGGCAAGCAGAGCCCUUCUGAGAAGACAGACCUGGUCAGCUUCAUCCAAGUGCUGGAUGGACCGAUGAAAGUUAGUUCAGCAGAGCUUCCUGCAGCCGUGGCCGAUAGGAUGAUGUGCUUCCUUGGUGCACUGGACCCAGAGAACCCAUAUAAGACUCUUGAAAUGACAACUCCAGCCCCACGUCCGGCAGCCCUGGCUGGCUGCCAUUCAAGUCAGGGCACCAGUCAGUCCCUGUCGCCAGCCACGCUCCCCUGGAGGAGCAGUGCUAAGGUCACUGCUUCUCAGGCACCCAUGUCCUGUUUUGAUUUUAAUGGUCCCAUGAUGGCCCCAGGCCACAGAGGGCACCUCCAGCCCUGCAUUGGGCCCUGA